AUGGUGGCGAGGAGUGUUCAAUCCGCGAUGCGACCUGCGGCGGGACCGUUAGUGGCGAGUGGCGCGUUGCGAGCGCCUCGCACCGAGAUGUCGCGGCUGCACGAAUGCACGGCACACGCUACAAGCGAAACCAGCUCGCGGGCUAGUGGCUACUGCCGAACGUCGCAACGGAUAGUGGACACGACUCGCCUCGCACAGCGCCGCGCGUCACUGCCGACUGGCGGGUGCCGCGACGUCAGACGCGAGCUGUUCUCCGUUCGUUCGGUGUUCACACUCCGCCGCCGCGGGGGGGCCGCGCGCCGCGCCGUGGUGUCAGUUCAAGCAUGCAUCGGGCCCGCGGCUCCCGGCGGCAGGGAAGAGCGGCCUUGCGAGAGGAGCGGGGGUGCCGCGCGUCGGGAGGGGGAUAGCAGCACGGCGCAUGCGCGGCGGCAUCGAUCGCGCCGGCUUCGGCUGCAAGCGAUAACCUUCCGGGAAGCAUUUCUAAAUGAACGGCUCGUCCCUCGGCGGCCAGUGUCAGUGCGCGGAGCUGAGGACGCCAUGAGCGCAAUGGCCUGGGCGUGGGCCCUGGCGUGGGCGUGCGCCCUGGCGUGGGCGGGCGCGCCGGCGGCGGCGCGCGAGUUGGACCCUGCGGCGUGCGCCGCGCGCUUCGACGUGCAGCGCGACAAGAUCAUCCGCACGGAGGAGUCGCGCGAGAUGGGCGCGCGCUACCUGUCCGAGCUGGACGUGGGCGCGCGCGCCGAGUGCCUGCGCCUGUGCUGCGAGACGGACUCCUGCGACGUGUUCGUCUUUGAGGAAAAGAGCCCGGGAAGCUGCUACCUCUUCAACUGCGGGCCGCCGGAGGACUUCCGCUGCAAGUUCACGGCGCACGGCAACUUCAGCAGCGGCGUGCUGGCGCUCAGCCGCCGCCUGGCCGAGCUGCAGGACCGCCAGCGCCUCGCGCUGCACGAGCAAGAGCUCGCCAGCCUCAGGAGCCCGCCCAGCAGUACGCCGAGCACGACGCCGCCCGCGACCAGCACCGCGGCGCCGCGCCCGCCUCCGCCGCCGCCACUGCCGCUACUGCCAACAGGCCGGUGCAGCCGCUAUCAGUUCGAGUGUCGCGCGGGUGGCGAGUGCAUCGCCGUGUACAACGCGUGCGACGGCGUGCCGCAGUGCGCCGACGGCAGUGACGAGGCGCCAGAGUUGGGCUGCCCGGCGCCCGCCACGCGCGCCGCGCCGCAGGUGCAGCUACCGGAGAGCACGGAGGAGGGAGCGGGCGCGGCGGCGGGCGGCGGCGACGCGCCGGCGGAGGGCGCCGAGCCGUGGCCGCACCGCCUUACGCAAGCGCAGCCGCAGCACCGGCACGACUCGGCGAACGCGGCAGGCGGCUCGCACAUCUUCAGCCACAAGGGCGGUUUGCUGCAGGACGGCGCCUUCGAGGCACCGCGCGCGCCCUGGCCGCAGCGCGCCUGGCAGCCGCCCGGCGAGGCGAUGGCGCCCGAUCGCGCGUGGGGCGGCUACGCGCGCCUGGACUGGCCCGACGUGGAACCGCGCCGCGCCUGGCCCGUGCCCCCGCCCCGGCCUGAGCCGGAGCUUCCUCUAUACGUGCCCUCAAAAACGAUGCCCGAGAUGCCCAUGGUGUACUCGAGCCAGCAGCAGACCCUGCGCGACGGACCGAAGAAGGGCUUCGAGUUGAUGAGCAAGGUUCCCGCGCCGCCGCCCGCCACGGCGCCCCCCGCACCCGCGGCGCCGCCCCCGCCCGCGCACAAGCCUCCGCACGUCGACAACGCCACUAAGAAGAAAGCCUUAGUUAAUGUUGAUAAUUCGAUAGAGAACCCCCAAUUAAUGAGCGGCCACUGGACGCCGACGCAAGCGGAGCGCAAGAUGGCGCAUGGGGCGGUGGUACUGGAGGCACACACCUGGCCACUGUCCGAGCACGACGGCCUCAGCGACCACCCGCCCGCUGCCGUACUGCUGCUCGUGCUGGGCUCGCUGCUGACGGCGGCGCUGGGCGCCAUGCUGGCGUGCCGCGCGCGCGCCGCACGCCGCCGCCGCCGCGCGCACCCGCGCCUCGCGCUCGACGCGGACUACCUCGUCAAUGGGAUGUACCUCUAG